UAAAUUUGGGACACAUAAAUGAUCUGCGCGCAUCAAAUGUAAAAAAAGCGUAUUAAACAUAAAUUUAAAAUAUUAUCAAAGAUCAAGGUAUCAUCGAUUUGGCAAGCUCAAAUUUUCUACAAAAUGACAAUGGUGAAGGUUAAAGGUGGCAUUGAAAUUUUGCGGCUACCUGUUAACGAAAAGGAACAUGUCUUUCCUCCUUGGCACAUGAAGUACACCGAGUCCCAUAUACUUCACUCUAAAUGUUCGAAAACUGGUCAGGAGGAUAAUGGCUGUCUGGAUAAUGAAAAUGCAUGCCAAUUUUGCACUUAUAGCAGAGAACUCGAAAUGAUUUUACCUGACAUGGUGUUUCCAAACAAUGUUCUUCGUCUAAAACACAAAAAUGGAGCCUUUUUGGAGUUCAAGGCUUUUGAUGCUCUGAAAAGAGUGGCAAGUGGUAAAAUUAACAUAGAAUUGGCUUGUGCUGAAUCUUGGCGUGAGACUAGGCAAGAUAAUCAAGAGUACUUGAAGGAAAGUAUUCCACCCUUUGACUGGACUUAUACUACAGAAUAUAUGGGUACUGCUUCAGGCUUUAAAGUCGAGAAUACAGAUGAAAGGAUAGAUUUUGAAAAAUUGAAACGCAAAGAUAAGAUUUUAUUUUAUGUCGACCUAACACUAUUUGAAGAUGAACUGCAUGACAAUGGAAUUGCAUCUAUGAAAGUGAAGAUGAGAGUAAUGCCUGGAACCUUUUAUAUCCUUCUUCGAUACUUUUUAAGAAUAGACAAUGUCAUGCUGAGAGUGAAUGAGACACGAAUCUACCAUGAUCUCAGAAAAAGUUAUUUAUUACGAGAAUUUACGUCAAGAGAAGCAAAAGUGCAGCAAUUAAAACAUAUACAUCCGGCUAUUUUUACGUUAGAAAAUGAAAUUGCACCUUUACUACCAUUAGUCAGGAGUUACUAUCACAAGCUGAUAAUCGAUGAAUUAGAACAAUCUCCAAGCAACGUUGUAAUACCAGCCUCAUCUUCUAGUGAUGCUAGUAGUACAGAAGUUCAAAGCCAAGAGUCUGCCAGUCCUUCAGAAUCUACAAAAGCAUAACGUGCCUAAAAUAUUUUUUUUUUUUUUGUUCUUGGAUCAAUGAAAUUGAUCGAGUCAUUGUACACUUAAACAAGGACUCAAUAAUUUUCAGAAAAGGUUUAGCAAUACAUCCAACAU